AUGCCCCUACCACGAUACACUCUCGACGACGGCGUAGAAGAAGACGAAGGAUUUGAAGAGUCCUACACCUCCCAUCAAGCCAAUGGCGCCUCCUCUCGUCAUCCUCACUCCUCACUCGCAAAUGCAGGCUCCAGCAGUCGACUUGACUCCGCGACGCCCUCUAUAACCGCUGGCGGCCGUCGUCGUUCGACCCCACCAGCAUCUUCAUCCUACAACGCAGCGCCAGCACCAGCCCCAGCUUCGAGUUUAGACAUCGACGCACUCCUCUCUACCACCACCGGUGCUUCACACUCCCACUCGGAGUAUCCCGGCCCCUUAUCAAGCAGCUCUUCUUCCAACGGCUGGCCAUAUCCCUCCUCAUCCCCAAUUGCUCGCCUAAAACCUUUCGAACAACUAACACUCUUCAUGGCCACUCAAAAAGCGUCCCCGGAACUUCUCCCCUUCCCCACCUCCCCAUUCGAAUUUUUAGUGGGGCAGAUGGAACAACAACAAUCGAUUCUCGACAAUCUUCUGCACCUAUCCUCGCACCCUUCCGCAGAUCCAGAAACGGAAGGUGGGGUGGAUGAAGACGAGUUUCUUCGUCUCAACUUAGUUCAGGUCGAUUUGGAACGAUGUAAAUGGCUACUGAAACAGAUAGUUCGGUCGAGAAUGGACUUGUUGCAAAAGUAUGCAGGGUUUAUAGGGAGUAGAAUUGGGGAAAAGAUGAAAUGUAAUGCUGCUGAACAGCGGUUUGCUGACGAGUAUUGGAGUUUGAAGAAAGACCACUUUUCAGCAAGCGUCUUAAGCUUCCUCCCCGAACAACUGCACGAAUUGGAUACAGGUGCACAACAGCAACAAGAUACAUUCAGUCAACAAGAUUCUCAGCAACAAGCAAGUAAUAACAUGCUGCCAGGUCCGGACUUGGACGCACCAGUCUUCAUAAGAUGUUUGCAAGAUUGUGGUACCGCUCCUUUGCCAGAUGGCGAAACAGCAACGUUGGUUGCAGAAUCAGUGCAUCUGUUACGGUAUAGAUCUAUUCGUCAUUUGGUGUAUCAAGGGUCCGUCGUUCUUAUGUGA